AUGCCGAAGAAACUCUCGAAGAAUCCCCAAGGAGGGAGCACCACAAACCUCGGGACACCCUCGACCUCGACAACGAAUUCCACCUCCCUCUCCCUUCCUCGAAUUCUGACCGACGAGCUCCCCCUUCCGAAGCUCAUUGUCUUCGACCUCGAUUACACCCUCUGGCCCUUCUGGGUCGAUACACACGUCUCCGGCCCGCUUAAAGCCAAUGCGACACAUUCGGCAGUCACAGACCGUCACGGCGAGUCCUUCGCCUUCUAUCAGGACGUGCCGCGAAUACUCUACACUCUGCCACUGGCAGGCAUCAAAAUCGCAGUCGCGUCACGGACGUCGGCACCCGAUCUAGCACGGGACAUGCUCAAGCUCCUGCACGUCCCGCCGCCGAGUGCCGAGGAAGGAGGGAGCGGCAAGAAGGAGAAGACAAAGAGGGCGCUCGAGUACUUUGAUGCACCGUUGGAGAUAUACCCUAGCAGCAAGAUAAAACAUUUCGAGACCAUAUUCAAGAAAACAGGUAUCCCAUUUACGGAUAUGCUUUUCUUUGACGAUGAGAGUCGAAAUCGGGAGACGGAGAGCUUGGGCGUCACCAUGCAGCUCGUGAGGGAUGGUGUGACGUGGAACGAGAUCGAAAAGGGUGUGGCGGAGUGGCGCAAGAGGAGGGGAUACUCGGGAUAG